UUUUUUUAUUUUCCUAUUUAUGAGCCUAUAUGAACGAGCAGCUCAAAUUCUUGAAAACGUUGAGGCGAAAAAAGGGAGUAUUUAUUCACUUUCUUCAAUUUAUCCUGAUGCACGACGUCUUUGUGCACUUAUCUUUGAAACAUUAAAACAUAAAUCAUUGCUUGAGCAAAUUAUUGAACGAUCAGGAUUUUGUUCUUGUGAAAAAAAGGUACCACGAACUCUUGCUUUGUUAUUGAUUCAUGAUUUGUUGUUGUCAAAAAAUGGUCUUGUUAGAUGUCGUAAAUCUAUUCGUGAUGCUGUAUUACGUCACAAAACUCGUCUUCAUGCAGAACUUGUUCGUAUUCGUUUGAAAAAUAUUACUCCUUUUAAUUCUAUUGAUCCAAUCGUUAUUCGUCCUCGUUGGGCACGUAUUAAUACACUGAAAUCAAAUUUAUCCGAAGUACUUGAUCGAUUUUCUCAUUUUUCACAUUCAUUAAUCGAUACACUUUUACCUAAUACAUAUGCUAUAGAUAUCCAUAUCCCUAAUCUUCUUGCAUUUCAUCCAUCUACUAUACUUACUCAGCAUCCUGCAUAUCUUGAUGGAUCUCUCAUAUUACAAGAUAAAGCCUCUUGUAUACCUGCUUUUAUUUUAUCUCCUCCUCCCAAAAGUCAUGUUAUAGAUGCAUGUGCUUCACCUGGUAAUAAAACUACUCAUCUUGCUGCAAUUAUGAAAGGAACUGGGCAUAUUUUGGCAUUUGAACGAAAUGCUCAAAGACUCGAUACGCUUAAAACUAUGCUUAAUAAGGCUGGUGCUACUCAUUUGGUAACGACUAUUUGUCUUGAUUUUACCAUGACAAAUGUAUAUGAUCCUAUGUUUCAACAUGUUACACAUAUUUUACUGGAUCCAAGUUGUUCUGGUUCUGGGCGCCAAAAUAAAGAAGAUUUUCUUCAAAAAAAAGAUACAGCUGCUUUAAACGAGCGUCUUCAACGUCUUUCGUUGUUUCAACUACGUCUUGUUAUACAUGCUAUGAAAUUUCCUUCCGCUUUGAAAAUUACAUAUAGUACUUGUUCAAUUUAUUGCAUAGAAAACGAAAGAGUAGCAAUUCAUGCAUUAAAAAGUGAAGUUGCUCAAAAGCGUGGUUGGCGUAUUGCUCAUAUAAUGCCUGGUUGGACUACCCGAGGAAAAAUAGAUAAUUCUUCUAAUAAUAAAGCAUUAGCCACAGAGGUUGCUAAUUCAUCUAUUCGUUGUGAUUCUAAUGAAAUGACUGGAUUUUUUGUUUGUUGUUUUGUAAGAGACGUUGAAAAUGAAAAUAUUGAAAUAGUUUAA